GUCUCAUUGUGUUGCCUCCCAUUCAGCUGCAAUCCGCAAACGCCAAGUGGGGCCCCGGUGCCUGCGAGCGAGGCAGGGAAUGGGUGCUGGGAGGGUGCUUGGAUAUCACUGAAGCCACUCUCUCUGGAAGACAGGGAAUUUGAGGCUCGCUUUCCCAUUCCCUCGCAGCCGCUCCCUGUACCCCAGCCAGUGCCGAGAGGUUUGAGCGGUGGUGGAAGUGGUGGCUCCCGUUUCCACGGUUGUGCCUCGGCAGAUGACUACGUAACAAGGGGGAGGGGUGCCCUUCUCUCUCCCAGAGUAUGUAGAGGCGCCUUCCUGAUGCAGAUGCGGGGCGUUUUACUUUGUUUUUUAAAUCGGCGAAGCAGUGCCCUUCGGCGAUUCGGGCCCCUUCUCUGGGAGGAUGGUGUUAGGGAAGCUGUACGCGGUGCGUGGGAGACAAGUGGAGUCCUCACUCCGCCCUCGGGGAAGCUGCGGAGUGGGGAGGUGGACCCGCCAAGCUAGACACUUUGAGGGUGUUCGGAUGUAAAGAUCGGAGAAUUGCUGGAUUUCAGAAGAGGGAAAUUUUUAGUCCGGACUAUAUCACAGUAUAUUUUGUGGAAAAAGGGGAGGCAGCAGAUGUUCAUAGACUUCUCAGUAUCAGCAGAGGGUGACAAUGAAGAACAAGAAAAAUUACUGAAGAAAAGCUGUACGUUGUAUGUUGGAAAUCUUUCUUUUUACACAACUGAAGAACAAAUCUAUGAACUCUUCAGCAAAAGUGGUGACAUAAAGAAAAUCAUUAUGGGUCUGGAUAAAAUGAAGAAAACAGCAUGUGGAUUCUGUUUUGUGGAAUAUUACUCACGCGCAGAUGCGGAAAACGCCAUGCGGUACAUAAAUGGAACGCGUCUGGAUGACCGAAUCAUUCGCACAGACUGGGACGCAGGCUUUAAGGAGGGCAGGCAGUACGGCCGUGGGCGAUCUGGGGGCCAGGUUCGGGAUGAGUAUCGGCAGGACUACGAUGCUGGGAGAGGAGGCUAUGGAAAACUGGCACAGAACCAGUGAGUGGUGAGAGCUCUGUCAGUGACAAACACUCCCUUGGCCUGUUGAAUUUAUUGAAGAACAUCACCUAAAGUCUGCAAACGAGCCCAUUUUUACCAAGAUUUGAUCAGUGUCUUCACUGAGCUGGAAGCCUCUGAGAGUUAUUAAAGGACAGAAUCCAAAAGAAUGCCUUUUAUUCUUGUCUGAGAAUCUUGGCCAUGUGUCAGAUUAUCAGAACAAUUUUGUUACCAGGUCAGAAAUUGUGUUCUUUGACAACAGAUUGGGUCUAUAAUGUUCAUUAGUCUUUAGCCAUAACCACUACACUUUUAGAAAGACAAAAAAAUUUAAAAAUUUGUUUUUACCAUAAUGAGUCUUAAGUAGGUUCAUGAUCUACAUUGGGGCCUGGGAUGAUUUUUUUAAUUUUAAGUUUGCAUGAGAUAGCCUAAUAAAUGGAGGUGGGGCCAGGCAUGGUGGCUCACACCUGUAAUCCCAACACUUUGGGAGGCUGAGGAGGAAGGAUAACUUGAGGCCAGGAGUUUGAGACUAGACUGGGCAACACAGCAAGACCCCGUCUCUACAAAGCAAAACAAAAAACAACAAAUGGAGUUGUGCUAUGUUGUAUUGCUUUGCACAAAAUUAGGAACAGGUGUUUGACAACUGAAUUUGUUUUCUAUGAAAUCUAACCUCUAAAGGCAAGCUUAGAGGUCAUGGACCUUCCUGUAUAGUUGAUGCAAAAGCAAUCUCCACAGGAAAGCACUGCUUCCAUGCUUUACACAUCAGGAAAUGAGGCCAGAACUUGAGUAUUUACUAACACGUUUUUCAAAAGAUGUCAGUGUUAUACCUAAAGCUAAAAAAAAGCAAGGGUUUGUCAUAGAGGGAACCUCUAAAUAAUUUCAGGGGUAGGGGAGAUGUUGUCAAUAGGAAAUGGGAUAAAACAUCAAGAGACCAUGAAAACACUGCCUUGACCUAAGGACCAGCAAGUUUAUUCUUUACAUUUUCAGUGAUGCUGGGAACGGACUGGGUUUAAAAAGGGAGCUUGAAGAUGGAAUGUCUAACAGUCACAGAAGGUUCCUGCAGGAGAUGCCUCUUUUAGCCAUUUCUCAUUUCCUCAAAUUUUACCUACUGAGGCUCAAGCCUUCACAGUGAGCUGAUGGUCUCUCCAGGGGAGGGGAGUCUAGGGAAUUUAUUUGGUAUUUGUAAGGCAAGAGGUGAUUAGGUGAUUUCUCUCUGAGUUAUUGCUCAUUUAAAACUGUUAAGUCCAGUAUAAUUUUCCCUGAUAUGAAAAAAUGUGAAUUUUUUUCACUUGGCAACAAAGUACCUUCUAAUUUCCAAUAGUCCGUGAAAGUUGGGGCUGAAGUACCUUAGUGUGAAUGUCUCUCAUGUUAAACGGAGUGUAGAAAUCUGAAUUUUUAAAAGAGCUAUAACUAGUUGUAAGUGCUUAGGAAGAAACUUUGCAAACAUUUAAUGAGGAUACACUGUUCAUUUUUAAAAUUCCUUCACACUGUAAUUUAAUGUGUUUUAUAUUCUUUUGUAGUAAAACAUAACUCAGAUUUCUACAGGAGACAGUGGUUUUAUUUGGAUUGUCUUCUGUAAUACGUUUCAAUAAAGCUGGAU